UCGAUAUGCUUUGCCGAGCCGACCGCUAUAAUCACAUGAACCGACUUCGGUCGCGUGUGUGCAGUCGUGUGUAGGUCACCCAUACAUUACGCUGGUUGAAGCGUAGUAUAGUCCUGCUCAUUCCUACCACUGUUGGUAGACGGGCAGGUUCAGCUGGAAAAGAAACGUUCUGUGAAACUCGCGCCGAUUUCGCCGCGACCUUGUUCGAUGUGACUGUUCGCCACCUGCAAUACGGACUGACUGCCAGUGAGUUCCCGUGCGGAGGGCACUACCGUGUCAUUUGUGUCCGUCUCUUACAGGGUAAUCGGGUGUUUUGAAAACGGGAAAAAUCUUCACGGGAAAGAAGAAGCACGUUGCGCUUCUAUCUGGACCCUAGCAUGCAUACACUCCUGGAGGCGAGACGAUGAUAACGAGCGAUGACCUGAACUGGAAAUUGACCUUUGCCUAAAUGAACGUGACGUUUCUUGCAACGCUCGACCGGAUUGUUCCGCUUCGUCGCGUAAGUGAUUGACGCCCAUAAACCGCAUUCUUGAAGUCGCACGGUCUGAGGCAGUGCGGGAUAGCUCGGGAGUGGACCAGACAUGAGCGGGUCCUACGAGUUGCAUCAGCCGACGUCUCACGCCACAUCUCCGCCGCUCAUCCCUGAGGAGUCACCGCCAUUCUCGAGGGUAACGGGCGGAUCCCCGACAGCGAACGGUGACGGUCCAGUGGGGCCCACCUCUAUGACGAAGACGGGCUGGGUGCGGACCAGCGCCAGCAUGAACCCAAACCUGUACGCCACCAAGAAGACCUUGGCGCAGGGCAUGCUCGACGUGGCCCUGCUCUCGGUCAACGCCACCCAACUCAAGACCAUCAUACAGCGUGGGGACGAACACGACUUCUACACCGUGCUCGUGGUUCUCAUCAGCCUGUCUAUCGCCCUGCAGAUUCUGGUGGGCAUGGUCUUCCUGGUGCUGGGCUUCGUCAACCUCAACAAGGACAAGAACCACCGGAUGGCCGAGAUCCUCAACAACGUGGCCACCGCGGCCGUCUUCGCCGUCACGGUGCUUAACAUCCUGACGGCCUCCUUCGACAGCCGCAGCGACGACGGCACCAACUUCCAGCGACGGCCAAGCCAGGCGCAGCCUUUGGUUCCGUGAUGAACUUGUCGCUUUCCUUGGCUUUGUGCGCGCUGGAGGGAGACGCGUUUUAUGCUGGCGACGUUGCUGGUUUCCAGAUAGGUUAAAGGGGGGCUGUCGUGGUAUUUUAGUUUGUUAAUCUGUUGUAUUAAAAAUGAAGGUCUGGAACAUCUAAACCUAGGGAAAAUGUUCGCAAGCCUCACGCGGCUCUAAAUGAUUUGAUGGAAUACUUUUUCUACUGACAGUUUGGUAUGGUUUUGUACUUUAUGGUGAUUUCAUGACUGGGAGGUGGUCACGUUGGACCAAGACAUUGCAACGCUUUGACACUCGCUGCGGCUUGCACGGUCGUCUGGUAUGGCACAACAUGGCCUACAGAAUUGGAGGUGACUGCGAAAGCCACAGCGAGUGUCAAAGCCUCACACUGUCCUGCUCCUACGUGAGCACGCUCUGUCAUGACGUCAUGACACAGUAACUUCAUGGAAACCGAAACCGAAAUUGGCUGUAGAAAAUGUAUUAAAAUAAAAUAUUUAAGACGCGCUAUGUGAUGCCAGUAUUUUUGUCAUGGCGUUUGUAGGUCUGAGAUUUUCAUUUAACGCAAUAAAUUAACAACAUGUCAUGUAAGUA